AUUUUUGUAUGUGUAAUUAAAACACCCUUGAAAGGAAAUAUCCAUACUCUGUCCAAAUUCAUCGACAAACUUCGAAACUCAUAUAUACGUCAUCCAUACCCUACCCAUAAUCAAUACGGUGGAUUCGUCCAAUAAGCAAUUGUUACUAUUGGCUUCUUGGGGAAAUACGACGGGUCCUUUGAAUAAGUUUUACUUCUUUUGGGUUCUGAACAAACUAUAUUAGUUCACUGAAUCAAUCAAUGAUUGUGAGGUCAAAGGAGGUAUUACUACUGUUCAGAAAGUUACCAUCAAAGAUCAUAGCGGGAUUUCUCUAUGUAUUUGGAUGUGGGGAUCAUUUUCAUCAAUACUUGAUGCACGGGCCUUGGUUGACCUCGAUCGUAAUGAGGCUGUUGUAUUGGCGUUUGGUGGUCUCACUAUGACUCAACUCCGUGGAGAGGUUAACGGAUCUAGCACUUCUGGCACAGGUGUAGUUGUCAAUCCACUUAUUCAUGAGGCUGAUGCUCUAAAACUACGUUAUGCCACUGAGGUUGGUUCAGCAAGGUAUAUCCCUGUUGUGUUUGAUACGGAGGACAAAAUCAGACAAUAUCUAUAUAACUCUUUCCGUACAAUCGAGGAGCUCCACCAAAUUCUUGCUUCGGAUUAUAAUCCGGAGGGGAGGUAGUGGAUUAUGGGCCUGCCAGUCUGAAAAGCUUCUGCGAUCUGGGACCAGUCGGCCACAUCGUCGACUUCAGACACUUUUCUCAGCCUUACCAAGUUUCCCGCCCAAGUUGGAAAUAAAAUUUAUAACAAGUUAAACCCUAAUCGACCUUUUCACCUUCCUCGAUUCUUCACCGCUGCAAGCAGCAACUGCCGUCGUCGUCAAUUUCCUCUUCUUCCUCGUCACCAAAUUGUCAAUUUCCUCUUCUGCCGUUGUUGUUUGCCGCCUUCUUCUUGCUGCGACUUCCUCCCAGUCCCUGCUCGGCUCCUUGAUCGUAGCCAUCAGUUUCCGCAAAUGGGUCGCCCCAAUAAGAACAAAUAUCUCUAUCUGUAUUGUAAACAUUGGGUGCAGGAUCAACGAUUUUGGUGUGCUCCAAUUCGGGUAUUUGAUGCUCUAGUAGAUAUUGAAAAUGAUAAGAAAGAUUUCUUGGUUCAGAAGGGAUUUGGGAAAUUCCUUGGUGUAGUCUUGGACGAGUUUGAUAAAUAUAUGGGUUCAUGGAUUAACAACCAAUAUAACACCACUGAUCAUACCCUCACACUUCCAAAUGGAACUGUGCAUCAUGUGGUGGAAGAUGAUUUUGAGCUUGUGUAUGGGCUGCCCAGAGGGGAUACGGAAGUCCCUAGUCCUACCAUGAAAACCGACCCUGGUUCAUUAUUUCCUGCAACUCUGUACGAGUUGGGAGAUGCAGUGAAGAGAACUCGUGAUGUCGAGACCUGGUUCAAGUUGUUUUUUGUGUUCUUAAUCAACUCUCUCUGUAUUGGUUCGAGUCAUGAUGUUGAGAGAAAGUUUGGGCAUCUUGUUAGUAAUGAAAUGUUGUUGAGGUUCAACAACUUCAACUGGUGUAAGUACUUCCUCCAGCUAUUCAAAUAUACUAUUGCUUUUGAACCUAAAGGAAAUCGUCGUGCUGAUUAUUAUUUCCUUGUGGUAAGUUUCAUUUUUUAUUAUAAUUCAUAUAUCAGUGGGUUUGCAUAUAUUGGUUUUCUUUUUUGUAUUAACCGUGUUUUGUUUUGUUUGUUUUUAUUACUGAAGGUUCUGUAUCUUGUUAAAUCAAACAAGACCAACAAUUCAGAUUGCUUGCUGAGUGGCUUCCCUAGUAAUGUUGUGAAAGAGAAACUGAAUAAGGCAAUAAAGGAGGGCUGCAUUCGUACGCAUACUGACAUUGAUUCCAUUCUUCUCGAACUUGAACGUGUCGAAAAGGAGGCUAAAAAAAAGCCCAGGGUUUUACAACAUGUGGCG